AUGGCUUUGAAGUUGAUUGGCGUUUCUGACAACGCAGCAAUGCUCCCGGACGACUACGGUUGUGUUGUGGCUAAUCGUUUCUGUCAGCUUGUGGAUGACGAGGCCGACCCGUUCGACUUUAUAAAACAAGCCGAGUUACAGAAGGAGAAGAAAAAGAAAGCAAACGAUAAGACCGUGAAGCCUAAAAAACCUGGACAGAGGGAGUCCCAGAGAGAUAGGCGGGUCCCCGUUUUAGUCGAUGGAGAAGACAACCUGCCAAGAAAUGAUACAGGCAGGUGGCUAGUUUAGUAGGCUAGCUAACAAAGUUAGCUAAUGGCUGGCACUGCCUAAUUGGCUAGCUAAUGAAAUAGCUUGCGUCUGUGUGGUCUGUCAAGUUGAAAUUGUGUACAGUGCACAUUAAUUAAUUUUAAUGAAAUGGCUACUAGCUAGACACCAAAGAAAGUACUUGGUUACGUCUGGUUCAUAGUUCUUUCACAUCAAUGAAGAUGAGGGAAAGGAAACCUAGAAAGGAUGCCAAUGCACUGCAGACUAGAGAUGCACCCUAGACGCAAGACUCUUCUGUCGUAUGGUUGCAUAGAGGGCGCUAUGAUUCUACCCCGAAAAUGACUUUAUGCCACUGCAUAAUUAUGCCAGUCAGGCCUGCCUAGUCCUACUAUUUCUAAAUUGUACAAGUCCAGCAUUCAGUUGAUUUAGGUGCUCUCAGCACUGUGCUGAUGCUGCAAAGGUAAUCCGCAUGAGGGGCAGAACACAUGGGUGAUGUUUCAGUAGAUAUUUCCCAAAAUAAUAGCCUACAAUGUUAUCGUCCAUUCAGAAGGCAAAUUUAGUAUAGAUGCAUGCAUGGAUGACAAAUUUGACUCUCAAUCUCUGUUUUCAGGUGGUAAGCGUUCUGCCCGAGGGGUAGGGGUCCAGAAUGAGAGCAGAGGGGUGGUGGAGGCUGAGAGUGGCACAAGGCGAGCUGUCUUCGGGGAACGCAGGACCAACCAAGAGGAACACCCACAGGAGUACUCCAUCCAGAAGUAAGUCGCCUUUCUGUGGAGACGUGACAAAUGGAACAUGGUCUCUUGUUCCAUCGCCUCCCUGGUGUGUGGUUGUCCUAAGAGCUUGGCCAAAGAAGCCUAAAAUGUAGGACCCUGCAAAUGCCAUGCUCAAACCAAACUUUAUUUCAUUACCUUGUAAAGAAAAAAAGUGUAUCACAUGACCAUCGACAGGACCUUGAUUAAACUCUCCACUUAUGUUCUCCCCAGGCCAGCUUAUUAUGCUUACGGCGAAGUCCGAGUGGGCGGCGGAGGCUACAGAAACAUUGAUACUACCGGUAGCUUCAACCUGAGGGGAAAGAGAGAAUAUGAACGCUACAGUGGAACGUGAGUGCUUAUCAAUGUUGCUGUAAUUGUCUUUAGGACAGCUGACUUUUAGUUCUGACAUUUUGUGUUUCUUUACGUAAUAUGUAUAUGUUGUCCUGUGUCUAUAGUUUUGUUCAAUGUUGUAAGUUUUGUCAAACUUUUUUCCCCCUGCUGCUGUUGGACCAGGUCUCUCUUGAAAAAUGUUUAUCUCAAUGAGAAAAACCUGUAUAAAUAAAGGUUAAAUAAAAUUAGAUUUGUACAGUUUGUGUAAAAGUAAUGUCAUUGUUUACCACAUGGUAAAUGUAAAGUUUUCUUGUCUAUCAGAGGAAUCUCCCCAGAGGAGAAGAGAGGAGGACGUGGGCCCUGGAACAGGGGCUCUGUUCAAGACCCUACUUCCAUGGGGUGAGUUUACUACCACAUGGAGAAGUUACAGUAGUAAACGUGUUAUUGAUUAUUUUACAUUAUAAAUCCUAGUGACGGACGGUUUAGCAUGGUUACGAUCUCCUUUAUAGUGAUGUAGGGGUGAAUGUGAAGCCUGACGCAGGAGGCAUCCCACCUGAGGCCGGCCAACAGCCAGCGGAGAUGGAGGGAGAGAAUCGGUGAGUCACCACACACGGGAGAGUACAACGCACGCACACCAACUCAACUUUUGGGGGUGAUAACAUUAAUAGAUACUGGGAAGAUGCACAGUGCAACAGGUUUAUAAUUUGUUUUUAGCAGUGGUUUUAUUUAUCCCUGCCAUUCAUCACAGCCCAUCAGAGGAGGAUGUGGUGGUCCAAGUUGCCAUGGAGAUGUCUCUGGAUGAGUGGAAGGCCCUACAGGAGCUGAGUCGCCCCAAGGCUGAGUUGAACCUCCGUAAGCCGGACAGCAAGGUGCCCUCCAAGGCCAGAGUUAUACACAAGUCCAAACGCAUUGAGGUGAGUGACCCCUUCAGAUUAGCGUUGUGGAGCUUGACCUUUGGCAGGACCCAUACAUUUUAUAAGUAAUUUGGCAUUUAUUUGUGAUAAAGUUGAUGCGUUUCUAUUGUCUACAUUUGGCAUUUCCUCCACUAGAACUUGAAGGCGGAGUCUGUGGAAGAACAGGAAGAGGACUACCACUUCUCCAGUCUGCGCAGAUCUGCCAAUGACAUCACUUCCCAUUUGGAGUUCAACUUUGGCAGCCUGCAGCGCCCCAGCCGAGGGGGGAGGGGACAAGGCAGGGGGGAGAGAGGGGGGAUGACUUGUCACCCUGAGAGAGCAGAGAAGACUGAAAGGGUAGGUCUUCUCUCCUUUAGACAAGAUGCUGGAAACAUUACAUUAGGGCAGGGGGAUUUGAGUUCUGUACAGAGCAGUUUUAUUUGAAGUGAACACUGCUGGCAAGGGUUUGACCAUUUCCUGGUUAAAAACCUGAUUUUAUUUUUUAUUCAAUGAAAUACAAUGACUAAAAUAAAAGAUUUGUGAGGUUAAAACUUCUUUCUAGAAGCAUGAAAAAAUGUCUAUGUAUCCUAUCACCACUCAUGUUAAUGACCUGUUGCGCUUCUCUCCAGGCUUAUGUCCUAGCCCCAAACCCAGAAGACCCUGAGGACUUCCCUGCAUUGGCUGUGGGGAGAUGA